GUGAACGGGGAGCGUUUUUAAACGAAAAUGCCGUUUUUAAAUGUAUCCGGUUUAGUGUUGAUGUAGCUUCAGUCUAAGGUUUAUGACAAAAUUGUCCGCCUCUCCUCUCUGACGCAUGAUAUUUACUUGAGGGUACGAAUUUGCCCCCUGAUUUUAAUUACAUUUUUCCUACAUUUUGAACUCAACUGCCAUGCUUUAUAUAAAGAUCAGUAACGAUUUCAGACACAGUAUGGUAGUCAUAAAAUGAAGUUAUUAUGAAGGUGUUUCGUGUCGAGCGGGUUAUAGUGUUGCACAUGGAGCGGAAGCGGAAGAAUAUUCUGCCGCACAGCUGAAGUAGGCAGCGUGUAAACAUGAGACCCACGUUAUACCAUGUAUAGGGAGCAACCUCUGAGUUUUACAGAGAUUGUGAAUAUUUAUACUCCGCUUCAUGGAUUCCCUUGAAGACACGUUCAAGGCGCUGUCGAUCUCUAGACGCUUGCAGCCGAAUGAUCCUUCGUACAUCCUGGACUUAACCCUUUCAGCCGCAGACUAUAUUGCUGUGUCCUGCUCCAAUCAUGUUGUUCGCCUUCAUGCUAAAGGGACCCUGCGAGCUUUGGGAGAGUAUCAGGGCCACACAGGGGCUGUGUUCGGGGUUCGUUUUUCUCCAUCAUCGCCGAAUAUGCUCUUCACCGGCUCUUCUGAUGGGACAGUACGAUGCUGGGAUGUGCGUCGGCCCGGGUCCUCCGCGAUCUGUGUAUUCAAGAGCGAUCCAGAUCACUCGUACUGUUCAUUCGACGUGAGUUGUAACGGCACUGUGGUGUGCUCCGGGACCGAGCAGCUGGGCGAAGACAGCUUUCUGGUUUUCUGGGAUUCCAGGAUGACGAGUGGAGGCGGAGCGAAAAAAGAAGGGCUGCUUGGGGUGUACUCGGAGUCACACAGUGAUGACAUCACAGUUGUACGUUUCCAUCCGAAGCAGGCGGACAGGCUCGCGUCUGGUUCCACAGAUGGCUUGGUAAACGUGUUUGAUUUGAGUUUGGGAGAAGAAGACAAUGCCCUCAUCACCACAUGCAACUGUGACUCCUCCUCUAGUGCUCUAUGUUGGACAGGUAAAAAUCUGGACCGGCUGCUGUGUUUGACUCACGACGAAGGCCUCCGUCUGUGGGAUUUGUCUCGGUUGGACAACGACGACUCCUUCACGCUCUUUAGUUCCCCCGACGCGAACCCCCCCUCUUUACCUGAAGGAACUACUCUGGACUACUUUGUUGGUGGAAUGUGGCAGGAGGAGUCAGAUCGCCUGGUCGUUGUGGGGGGAUCCCACAGUGGAGAGAUUCACCUGCUGGACUGCAGUGGUAGUGAACUGAAGCUGAUGAAGUCACUGAGUGGCGGCCAUUCGUCCACGGUGAGGUGUUUUCAGUGGGACCCGGUGGGCGGGGCCUUGCUGACAGGCGGUGAGGAUGGCCAGCUGCUGCAGUGGAAGGCAGGAGCCGAGGAGAUCAGCGUGGGAAAGAAGGAAACUUUAAAAAGUGUCUCGUCUGCACAGCUUAAAGUGAAAUCACACAGAAAGCAGACUCUGAAAAGAGAGAAAAAGCAUACAUUUUAAUUUUCAUCACUUUGCUGUAAUAUUGAAUAUGGAGUAGAUUUAAAUAAAAGUUUUUAUUAAAAA